AUAAAUCGCAUUUGAGCAAAAAUCUUCGUUCAGCUUAUCAAAUUGAUCACUGCACUGAUAUUCUAUGAGAAAGCUAAACAUUAAACUAUGCAUCACAUUUUUAGCAAUCAUGGUACUGUUCUCUGUGUUAGGUUUUGCUACCCCCUGCUGAUCCACACAGGUUAUAGCAGUUCUUAUAGUUCCCAAUACUCUUGUUAUUCAGGCUUGCUGCAAUUUUUAUAAAGCCCACAGGGCAAAUUAGAAUAGAUGUUCUCUCACUGCUUGUAUUCAUAGGUACUGAUUUAUACAAAGUGCUGUUUAUAUUAUAGAGUACGGUAUAUGAAAGGUAUGUUUAGAAAAGUCACUUUGUGGUGAAUUAGGCUGUCUGUUGUUUGAAGCUGACUGUGUGUCUUAAUGGGAGCCAUUAAUCAAGUCCUGAUCUGUUCAUGAACUUGUACACAGUCACAAAACAAACACAUAUGGUGGUACAGUGUAAGGUGAGUUUAUCAUUGUUACAGUGUGCUCACUGUAAAGCCCCGAAGAGUGAAGGACACCUACUGUAAUACAGGGGGGAGUGGGGCUCUGUGGGGAGAGAGAGGGUGUGUGGGAUAGAGCGAAGGUCAGGAUAAGAGAGGAAGAUGCCCCAGGGAGGAGAGAGAAGGGGGGAUAAAAAGACAGAGACAGAGAGAGGCAGGUGAGUGCUGAUUUCACUGUGGGAGAAAGCAAGAUAGAUGGAAAGUUUAUAAUCACGAGAGAGAGAGAGCAGGAAAGAGAGGUAAAAGCCAACUUUGUUUAGGAUUGUAGUGAAAAACCACAGUGUUUGAAAGUUUGGAGUUCAAUUUUUCUUUAUUGUGCAAAGUUAAGCAUCUUAAGGAAUAAAAACCAGAAGGGGCUAAGGAAGUACGGGAAAAGUUGAAGACAGAAAGCUUCAGGAUAAACAGUCCAAAGAAAAGAAGAAAAUAAUCAGAAUGGAUAGAGAGGAGCAGAGUGAGAACAGUUUACAUACUAUAGCUAUCAUUCUGCUGUGCUGUGGGGCCGUCAAAAUGCUGCACCUGCUAGGAGUCAUCACUGUGGAGGACAAAGCUGAUGAUGACUUGGAGAUGACAAUGGUUUGCCAUCGACCGGAGGGCCUCGACCAGCUAGAAGCUCAAACCAACUUCAGUAAAAGAGAGCUCCAAGUGCUCUACAGGGGCUUCAAGAAUGAGUGUCCAAGUGGUGUCGUAAAUGAAGACACCUUCAAGCAAAUAUACUCCCAGUUCUUCCCACAUGGAGAUGCCAGCACCUACGCGCACUACCUGUUCAAUGCAUUUGACACAGGACACACGGGAUCCAUAAAGUUUGAGGACUUUGUAACAGCUCUGUCCAUCCUGCUGAGAGGCUCUGUCACCGAGAAGCUCCAGUGGACCUUUAACCUCUAUGAUAUCAACAGAGAUGGAUACAUAAACAAAGAGGAGAUGACAGACAUCGUCAGAGCAAUCUAUGACAUGAUGGGGAAGUACACUUACCCUGUUUUGAAAAAUGACGCACCCAAACAGCAUGUGGAUGCCUUCUUUCAGAAAAUGGACAAAAACCGAGACGGUGUAGUGACUCUUGAUGAAUUCAUCUUUUCUUGUCAAGAGGAUGAAAACAUUAUGAGGUCCCUCCAGCUCUUUGAAAAUGUCAUCUAGACACGAGGGAGAUGGUGCAGCAGACGAAGCACAGAGUGUGAGAAGAGAAACGAACAACAGGAAAAAGAAGGAGGAGAAGGAGUGAUGAAUACGAAUCUGCAAGCAAAAGGAACAACCUAACUUAUGAGAGAAGGCAGACAAGAAGCUUGUCAAUUUGGGUGUGACUGUUUUCCACAAAACCUUCUGGAAGGCAUCCUACUGUAAGAAAUCUAAGGCGACAAACCUUCACUGGUUUUGGAAAGCCUCCUUUAGACAAAUUUGACCUUUCUGUGACCACUUCUCUCAUCUCCACCUCCCUCCCUCGUUUGUUGCUGUUGUCAGUGUCAUCUUGGAUGGUGUGCACUUAGUGCCACUAUGUAAAUACUGCCCCUCUCACAUUUGGUUGAAGGCCUUUCUGAAUUAUGUAAAAUUGUUACCAUGCAAGGACUUAAAUUUCUGAAUGCAGCUUAGCAGAGAGAGCAUCCAAACGCACACUUUGCUCAUUAGAGGCUUAAAUAAGAGCAUUAUAAAUUUCUGUGUCAAUACAAUGAACUUGAGCAAUAUUGUGAAGCAUGCACAAGAGAUUCCUACAGUGUAAUAAAUGAAUAUGUGUCAUAAAACUCGGUGGCAAUAUACACAACAUCUUGCUAAACGGUUACGUUUGGGAUGCCCGGUCUGUGUGCAGCAUCUCACCGAGCCAGCUCGGCCGUUUUUAGACAUAAAUUCAAACAUAGGUCUGUAAAGGUUUGCAGAGCUGAAUGUGUGAAUAUGUCCCAGCUUGUGACAUUCUUAGGUCUUGUGACAGCUUGCAACAGUCCUCAGAGGCCUCCUUAACUCCUAAUGUGUGUUCCAGUGUCGUCGGUCGGUGUUUGAAUGUUGUAAUGACUCGACUGUAGAUAUUUAACUGUUGUGUCUGUGGCUUCUUCUCAGUGUCUUGAAUCACUGGUGUCUGUCUGUGUGUCUCUGACUACCUGUCUGUCCUUCUGUCAGAUUGGAUAUAACCCUGUAAUUAUUCUACCUGCCACUCGGUGUUAAAUAAAGAGCCCAUUUAGAGGUUUCCCGGCAUGCAGAUGGAGAGCAAUACGAGGAUGUGCACGUGUUUGUGUGUGUGGUGUCCCGGUGUGAAGGUCCCAUUUCCCUGAAUAUUAAAGUCUCAUUUAUUCUAGCAUGUAGCUUCAUCUUCAAAUGAGCUGACUGUGUUUUUGCACGAGAGGCGAGGUUUGUCUUUAACUCUGUCUGUUGAAAACGUCAACUCAGAGCGACCAAAACUUCACUGUGAGGGAGAGAUGUUGAAGGGAAGAUUACAGAGGAGGACAAAGCUCAGAGAAUAAGACAGAAGAUGAAAGUAAAGACCUUUUCACUGAUUAUGGAGGAAUGGAAGCCAUGUUUCAAAUAAGAGCCAUCGUUUUUGAAGACUGAGUAGUGCAAAAAUACAUUUAUAAAUGGUUUACUGUCAUGCCUACUCACUGUGCUACCAUUAUAGUGAUUAAAAAAAGCAAAAACCAACUGACCCCAGACAUACUUUCACAUAGACGGACGGAUAGACAGGCAUACAGACAGACACACUUAAAACAGUCAGAAUGAAAUAAUGUGUGUAUUGAAAUACUGUAAAAAAUCAUUAUAUUUAUCAAUAAACUUUUCAAGAAAUAAAA